UAGAUGGAGAGAAAGAUGCGCUGCCCCACUGCAACUUGCAGGUUUACACAUACACCUGUGAUGUGGGCAAAAGAGAGAAUGUCUACUCAACAGCUGAGAGGGUCCGCAAGGAGGUUGGCGAAGUGUCUGUCCUGGUUAACAAUGCUGGUGUGGUCUCUGGGCACCACCUUCUGGAGUGUCCUGAUGAGCUUAUUGAGAGGACCAUGAUGGUCAACUGCCAUGCACACUUCUGGACUACUAAAGCAUUCCUUCCCAAGAUGCUGGAAAUGAACCACGGACACAUUGUGACAGUUGCAAGUUCUUUGGGAUUGUUCAGCACUGCUGGAGUGGAGGAUUAUUGCGCCAGCAAAUUUGGAGCUGUAGGUUUCCAUGAAUCUUUGAGCCAUGAAUUGAAGGCUGCUGAAAAAGAUGGAAUCAAAACAACUUUAGUCUGCCCUUAUCUUGUAGAUACAGGAAUGUUUAGAGGGUGCAGGAUCAGAAAAGAAAUUGAGCCUUUCCUUCCACCCUUGAAACCAGAAUACUGUGUGAAGCAGGCUAUGAGAGCUAUCCUUACAGACCAGCCAAUGAUUUGCACACCUCGUCUCAUGUAUAUGGUCACCUUCAUGAAAAGUAUCCUGCCCUUUGAAGCAGUGGUAUGCAUGUACCGGUUUUUGGGAGCAGACAAGUGUAUGUACCCUUUCAUUGCUCAAAGGAAACAGGCUACAAACAACAAUGAAGCAAAAAAUGGAAUGUAACACUAUUUUGGAUGGACUAACAUUUAUAGGUGAAUACAAUAAUGUUACAUGACUGAAUUGCAAAGUGCACUUGCAUCUAACAGAUGCAAAUGUCAACAUCUUGCUGUGGCAUUCUCUUGGGUCCUAAACCUGUGUAUUGAACUCUAAAAAUCAAUGGGUUUUUUUAUAUACUGUAAAUAAAACUGACUAGAGUACUUGAUAGGUAAACAAAAUGAUUUUACAAUGUAGCUGCCACCACUGUCCUUUAGAAUAUCACUGUAUGUACAGUAAACUAGUCAUAAUACCUGUUGUAGGGAUGCACUGUGUGAUAUCUCUUCCUCAGCCUGCCAAGGCUUAUAAGAACUGUCUCCAACUAAAAGAUGCAAUGUUUCAGAAAUAGUUUGUCUUUCCCAGAGGGAAAUCUUGCCAUUUAAGCUAUUGCUUAUGACCUUUUAGUAAAUUCAAGGGCAGUUUCUGAAUGCAUCUCUUCACUUGUUCACCCAGGCUCUGAAGGACACAUGGCCCAAUUGUGGUGUAAUUCUCUUUUGUAUUAACUGUGUCUUCUAUUUAAAGAUAAAAAGAAAUUUGUAAAUCUCUGCUGAUUCAAAGGCAAGUGAAUGUCUUAAAUACUCUCAGAGCAAACUUGUACUGGGCAUCUGGUUUUCUAGGAAUGCAGUCAAUGAUUUAAACUGACUUUUUUCAAGUCACUUGAUUUGAAAUAUGCUCUGUUCUGUUUCCCUUUACAUGUCAGAGUCCAAUCUACUGUUAUGGGUUAUAUGUUUCUCUUCUUCCUCCUCAUUCUUUCUUUUGGCAGAGUUCUCUCACCCCCCUGAGGAAGCUGUUCUAUUCAAUUUCUGUAACUGGACUUGUGCCUAAAAGACAAAGCAACUCAGCCGAGAUACAAACUGUUUAUGUAAGUGCUGGUCAUAUGCCAAUUAUUAGCAAAGGAAAAAUAGAAUAACGCCUGAUGCAACUCUACAUGCAGAAUAUGGAAAGGUGUAAAGAUUUUUUUUGAGUUGUACUCACAUUGUAGAACAGCAAAUGACAUUUUUACAGUAUUUUUUGUAAAGCAAACAAUUUUGUGCCUUGAAUUUGGUAAUCUGUAUUAGUGAAGCAUUGUAAAAGUGAACUUCUACCUCUGUAUCUUAAUGUAUACCAUCCACUUGUAAACUACUAUUGGAGAAAUUGUGAUUACUUUUUUAGAAUGUCUUGUUAAAUAGUGACCAAUGCCUGUGGUUAUUAAAGUGAGCCACCUUUUCCUUAAAA